AUGGAUGAUCCAGAUAAUAAGCCUCUCACUGUCGGUGCUGCUGUCACAGCCACGGCUACACGCGACGAGGAGCAGCCGCACAAAGGCGCCUUGCUUGCCAUCGACCAAACCCGCAACAUCACUAUCGCCGAGCACCAGGCUGGUUUCUGGGAAGCGGUCCGACAAUGGCCGACUGCAAUGUUCUGGGCUCUUUUCUUCUGCAUCGCCGUUGUCAUGGCUGGUUUCGAUGCGCAAAUCAUCACGUCAUUUUUUGCGCUGCCUGCCUUCCAGCAGAGAUUCGGCUACCCGUAUAACGGGAAAUAUAUUCUGUCAGCUGAAUGGCAGAUGGCCUUGAAUAUGGGAAACCCAAUCGGCCAGAUUCUCGGAGCGCUGGCAUGCGGCUGGCCUUUGGAGAAACUUGGUCGACGAUUGACAUUAGCCAUAUGCUGCGUCUGGUCCAUCUGCUUCGUGUUUGUGCAAUUCUUCGCGACUAGCAUUGGCAUGUUGUGCGCCGGUGAAAUCCUCGGCGGUCUAGCAUACGGAUUCUACGUCGUAAUCGCCCCUACUUACGCCUCCGAAGUCUGCCCACUUGCUCUACGUGGCGUACUGACCGCAUCUGUGAACUUGGCCUUCGUGAUUGGUCAAUUCAUUGCGCAGGGUGUUGCUGCGGGUCUCGAAAGUCGACUCGAUGAAUGGGCUUGGAAAGCGCCCUUUGCAAUACAAUGGGUGUGGCCAGCAAUCCUUCUCGUUGGUCUUCUCUUUGCCCCUGAGAGUCCGUACUGGCUUGUGCGUAAGGACAGACGAGAGGACGCCCGUAGAGCACUCGAGCGACUUUCCUCAGCCAAAAAUCCUCCCGAUAUUGACGGCAUGCUAUUUAUGAUCGAACAAACAGACUUGCUUGAGCGAGAGUUGGAAGCGACAACUACCUACUGGGAUUGCUUUAAGAAGGGGAAUCUAUUUCGCACAGAAAUAUCCAUUAUGGUCUACCUUAUUCAGGUCAUUGGCGGCAAUCCUUUAAUCGCGUAUGCCAAUCUGUUUUUUGAGAUGGCCGGUUUGGAUCCCUCAGAAGCAUUCGAUAUGGGCGUCGGUAACACCGCACUUGGAUUUGUCGGCACCUGCCUUUCGUGGCCAUUGAUGCUAUAUUUCGGCCGUCGCACAAUUUACAACACCGGUAUGAUUGUAAUGACAAUCAUUUUGUUUGUCAUCGGUUUCCUCGACUUUGGCCGCAACAACACGGGCAUAGUCUGGGCCCAAGCCUCUCUAAUGGAUAUAUGGACUUUCGUCUAUCAGACAACUGUCGGACCAAUCUGCUUUGUCAUUAUCUCCGAAAUAUCUGCAACGCGUCUGCGUGGUCUCACGAUCGCCAUCACCACUGCUGUCCAGGCACUAGCUAACAUCGUCUUCACCGUCGUACUACCUUAUAUGAUCAACUCAGACCAAGGCGACUGGCGUGGGAAGACCGGAUUCUUGUUUGGUGGUAUCAGUUUGGUGUGCUAUAUCUGGUGCUUCUUUCGAUUGCCUGAGUCAAAGGGAAGAACUUUCGAGGAAUUAGACAUUCUCUUCGAGAGAAAAGUGCCACCACGCAACUUCAAGAACUACAACUUGCUGGAAAGUGACGAUGAACACGCCUAA